AUGAGCCCCCUUAAAGAGGCUCUGGCGGGAGUCGCAUGGCUCAGUGGAGCUGGAAACACUCUUAUCCAGGGCACCGUCACUCUCUGGCUGCCUCGCUGUGGACACCAGUGGCUCCGUCAUUUUUUCUGUGAGGUGCCCUCCAUGAUUAAGCUUGCAUGUGUGGACACUCGUGCCAAUGUGGUCCAGCUCUUCGUUGCUUCAUUGGUCUUGCUCCUCUUGCCCCUAGCACUGAUAUUAACAUCCUAUGGACAUAUAGCCCAGGCAGUCAUAAAGAUCAAGUCAGCCCAGGCCUGGCACAAAGCCCUAGGGACAUGUGGAUCCCAUCUGAUUGUAGUGUCCCUCUUCUAUGGGACCAUCACAGCUGUCUACAUCCAUCCCAACAGUUCUUAUGCCCACACUCAUGGGAAAUUCAUCUCCCUCUUCUAUACAGUUGUAACCCCGACCCUUAAUCCCCUCAUCUACACACUGAAAAAUAAAGAUGUGAAAAGAGCACUGGGAAGACUAUUUCACAGAGACCUAGGCAUAUAA